AUGGAACCUCCGUCCGACAAUAGUAAUAAUCUGCUCCCGACCUUCCCAACCAACAGGAUUGCUCCAAUGGAAGUGCCACCAAAGGAUGCAUCAAGGGAGAAUCAAGCUCAGGAGGCUCCGUUUGCUGGCACUGGCCCCCCUGUGCUCAAAAAACAGUCCAGUACAGAGACCCUCACAAAAGCCUACAUCGAUGAUACAUACCACCCCUUCAGAGACAAGGCUUACUUGAAACAUCACAGUUUGUCUCGCCCUGAUAGAGGUGCUAGUUUAAAGCGGAGGCCGUUGAUGAGAGAUUCAACAGCUGACAGACCGUUUGCGAGAAGUGGCGCUACAUCUACAAGACGAGAACAGUUUUCAACUCUGGAUAGGUGGGGUGCAAUGGUGUCAGACACAGGCAGGUCGCCUGGCUGUUGUCAUAAUUGGUGGAGCAAAACGUCGCAUGUUUUGACCUGUUGCUUCCCUGCAUCGUUCUUGGGCCUGCUUGGACUCAAAUCAGAUCAAGUACAGCAGGCUUGGAGAGAAAAGGUCGCUCUCUGUAUUAUAAUAUUUUUAUCAUGUGCCCUGGUGGUACUAUUAACAUUCUUCUUACGGGACAUUGUCUGUCCUACUGGUGGUUACGAGGACUUGAUGCCUAUAUUCAACCAAUCAUACCGCUGGCCGAGACCUCAACCGUUUUUCGGUGGUGAUUUUAUUAUUGGCGGUUUCUUGUAUGACUUUGAUGCAUUAUUCUUUGCAUUGGGAGGAUAUAGUUUUGGAUUUAAUGAUGACUGGAGGGGGACUGAUAUCACAAAGUUGUUUAAGCCUACGAAUGACAAGUGUGCAAAGUGGUUUCCAGGCACUUAUAAUUGUACUCUAGAUCCACCUCACGGUGGAACCCCACUCCCACUAGCAGGUGUUGCAUGUCCUAAUCCAACAGUAAUAGCUCCCAUGGUGCCAAGAUGGAGAUUAUACAUGGACUGGAGUGAAAUUAAGCUGACCAACACCCCUCCGAAUGCCAUCACCGUCAUAAACGGUGCCAUUAUAAAUAUAUCCAGAUACUAUAACGACUACAACGGCACCUUCUUUGACAGUGUCCAAAGCGAUGGACUCAUAAACCCAGUAUUGAGGAACGUGUGGGGUAGAGACGGUACCCGUGAUUUCAUGAGAUCAGCGGACUUGCAGGAUCAAGCCGCAUGUCUACGCCAACGAUACCAAAUAGGCUGGGUAGAUGAAGUAACACUAGGCUGUUUCUUGGCAUCAGUCAUGUUUGUAUUAAUCAUCACCGUAGUCGGAAUCAUGAUUACACUACGAUUUGUCAUGUCGCUCUUCUUCCACUGGACUAUAUCCCCAUACCUGACUCGCACACGAGCACCCAAUAGUAAAAAGAGCAGACGUAGAUUCGUAUCAAAGUACUCGGCAUUGUCGCAGUCGAUGGAAUCUCCAAAGAAUAUGGAUAGUGAUGAUAUGCUGGUGCUGAUGUUGGUCACGUGCUACUCGGAGAAUGAGGAAUCACUGAGACGGUCGUUAGAGUCUUUGGCUAACUCGUCAUACCCAAAUAAUCGUAAAUUAAUGGUCAUUAAUUGUGAUGGUGUUGUUACGGGUGCUGGUAACGAUCGCUCGACACCGGAAAUUGUAUUGAGUUUGAUACAAUUGGAACCCAUGCUGGGUCCUGUCGUUGAAAAGAGUUAUCUGGCCAUUGGGUUAGGUGCUCGUCAACAUUCAAUGGCUAAAGUGUACGGAGGCUGGUUUUACACCACGACAGGUGAUCGUGUACCGACAAUAGUAAUAGUAAAAGUAGGAGCCCCAUCCGAACGCACCGAAGCUCGACCAGGAAACCGAGGAAAACGUGAUUCCCAACUCAUGAUUAUGAACUUUUUAUCUCGUGCAGUUUUGGACGACAGAAUGACUGCCCUAGAUUAUGAUCUAUUUUGGAAAAUUGAGGCUUUAAGCUCUCAUGCACCAGACGCCUUUGAAGCCAUUCUCAUGGUGGAUGCAGACACCCGAGUCGCCACAGACGCCGUAGAAAAACUCGUAAACGCUCUCGAAAACGAUAGCUCCAUCAUGGGAUUAUGUGGUGAAACCCGUAUCGGAAACAAACGUGCUUCAUGGGUUACCCUCAUCCAAGUAUUCGAGUACUACAUAUCGCAUCACUUGGGUAAAGGAUUUGAAUCUGCUUUUGGAGGUGUUACUUGUCUGCCUGGCUGUUUCUGUAUGUAUCGAAUCAAGGUCCGCAAAGGGCCGGAAGGAUUUUGGGUGCCGCUGCUGAUUAAUCCUGAUAUCGUGGAAGAGUACUCUGAGAAUGUCGUUGAUACCCUGCACAAGAAGAAUCUGUUACUAUUGGGUGAAGAUCGGUUCUUGACUACACUGAUGCUCAGUAAUUUUCCAAAGAGGAAGACGGUAUUUGUGCCUCAAGCGGUGUGCCAUACAGUAGUACCUGAUACCUUCCGUGUCCUGCUAUCUCAACGUCGUCGGUGGAUUAAUAGCACCAUUCACAACUUGCUUGAGCUAAUGCUAGUCAAAGAUUUGUGUGGAAUUUUCUGCUUCUCUAUGCAAUUUGUCGUCUUUUUGGAGUUAGUCGGAACUGUUGUCCUACCAGUAGCAGUAAUUUUCAGUGUUGGUCUAAUCAUCGUAUACAUCGUUACCGGCCAUCCUGAUUGGUUUACAAUCUCACUGCUUGUCGGAGCCUUGGGACUUCCAGCACUUCUGGUGCUAUUAGCAACACCAAGGAAAGCCGUUUACCUCUUCUACAUGAUCUUUUACAUUAUGGCCAUCCCUAUAUGGAAUCUGGUAUUGCCAUUAUACGCAUGGUGGCAUUUCGAUGACUUUUCGUGGGGGGAGACACGGCGAGUGGAGGGUGCAGCGAAUAUAGUGUUGGUGGAGGAUAAUGACGAUCCGCUGUCGGGAGAUGAUACCAAUCGAGUGGUGCUGAAACGAUGGGCGUUAUGGGAACGAGAACGCCGAGGACAAGUGAACGCAGUCAAACAGAUAACUUCAUUUAGUGCCGGUGUCACUCUUCUCGAAGCAUCAAAGGAGGUAUCACCAACAUCCUUCUCAGCAUCAUCAUCCUCAACUGGCAGCUCAUCGUCCAACACCUCCGUAACAUCCCUCGUAUCACCAACAUCACUAUCCUCCCAAAACGAUAACUCGGCACUAAGCUCUGCAGUCGGAUCAUCAGCUAGCGCACCAUGGCUCCGCAUGUCAUCAGACACAUAUAGUUCCGUAGCAUCCGCCAACGCGUCAACACAAUUACAAUACCCAUCGGCAUUAGCAACACUAGACAAGUCGCAUCUAUUCUCAACUGGAGUAGCACCGCUAAAUAAGGCACCACAGAAACGAAACUCGUUAUUUAGUAGAUUUGUGCUUGUACCUGUACCAUCGCAACCGUCGCCACCUAUACCAUUCGAGUAUAUAUCGAAACGUAACUCAGCGAGUACGGGAUACUCGUCGUCAUCGCCACAGCCGCCGAGAUCGAAUGUAUCAUCGUCACCGGAUUUACCAAUGGAAUCUCGAGCUCCAGGUACGAGCUCAUCUGGUUAUAAAUUAGAUGCAGUUAGACCUAUGACGCCGUUUGAUGUGCCUGACGCGAUUAAUGCGAUGUCGAGGGGCGAGAGUGAUGAGAUGCCUCCAUCGCCAAUCCCACCGCCGAAGGAUUAG